AUGUCCAUCUUGACCUUGGCAGACCAUAGACAUCUCGUCGAGACUGGUCUGGCAACUCCGCCUGCUCCUGAUGGGACUAUUAGGGUCCAUAAGCGCUGCAUGAAUCGUUUUAGCGAUGAAGAACACAGCGAUCUCCCCCUUAUACAACCUUCCGAAUCCGCUUUCGCUACUAUACCAGAGAUCCGGAUCUCUCUUGCUACUCUGGAGUAUCUCGGAUUCAAUAGCGAAAAAGCGAGGGAGAUAUGGAGGAAGUGGCAGAACUGGCCAUCAACUCCUCCGCACCGCGAAACCGAUCCGCCUAGUGACGACGACUCUCUUGACCCCAUAACUUUUAUUGACUUUAUUCUCGGUCACGUUGGACCGCAAGCCCAGGACGUUUAUGAUGACGAUGAUAGCCCCUGGUUUGAAUAUAUGGCUCGAUGCGGCAUCAACGGUGAACUGCAGGAAGCAAUAAUGGACCCGAGGUUCAAAAAUGUCCGCUUAACAAACUCAUGUCUCUACUGGCUGCGAGAUGCUAUCGAGGUUCGAUAUUUAGGCCUUCAGGCGAUUGAAGUUGCUUCGCGAGAACGAGAACAGGCACUUCAACGAAUGCGCAGCCGCCCUGGAAGCCACCAGCAAAGUACCGCCACUUCUAGACAGCGCAAUAUCUCGGGUCCUUUAAGAGAUUCUGUCAAUAUCUCAUCUCAUACCGCGCUCUCGAAUGCUGCUAUACUCGCUGCACAGAAUGCCCCUGGCGAGCUGACUCUAUUCAAGGGGAUUAUCCAUGAACGGAUAAGGUUCCGAGAAGAUAACGGUCGCCUCGACAUGAUUUGCCUUUCUUCCCGCGCCCAAACUGAUCUCUUCGGAUUAGAUUCUGGAUUUUAUUUUGCUGUUGAUCGGGAGACGGCAGAAAGAUAUGCCCUUUGGGCAAAAACAAAGGCCGCUUCUAACUUGACAGUCAUCAUUCAGAUCAAGAUACCGAACUCAGCAAUUGAAACUCUUCCUUCUAAUAAAGUUCAGAGGGUAUACUAUGACCCAACUGGAAAUGACCGGACCUGGGAGGAGUUGAUUUUCUGUGGCAGAAAUGGCCGCCAGCUUCCACGACACUUGCGACGAUUUGAUGAAGCAGAUCUGCUUAUUGGUACUAUUGCUUCAAGGCCUAAUCGCUAUUACCAAGGUCUUAGAAGCUAUGAGCAGAUCAGGCGACGGGAUGUUUUCAAGAAAAGAAGUGAUGGUCGGCCAGCAGUGCAAUAUGCAAUGCGUGUCCGAUGGGGUCUUAAUUUCUUGGAGGAACGCUGCUGGGGGGCUCCGAACAUGCAGAUGUUCCCACUUACAAGUCAAGAACUGCGAGACUCGAACUAA